UAGCCAUAGAUAACAAACAGAUUAAAUAAAUUCAAAGUUUAAUUAUGCUCCUCCUAUUUAUGCAUAUCGGAAUCAUGUGUUAAAGGCCAAAUUUUUUUCUUGACAUUAAGUUUUGCUGUGGAAUGUAUAAAUCCAUUUCGAACAAGCGUUUCUAAUUUCUGAAUGAAAUCAACAAAGUAAACAGAACAACACACAGCAAGAAGUUAUCAAAUAGUGUUAGCAGGUGCGUGUAGUUCUUCAUACUAAGGAGACUGAUUCGGUUGCCAACCGCGUGAAAGUAUGAUUGCGUGCAUCCGUCACAUAUUAGUCGCGUCAGUGCGUUACAGCAUUUCGCGCAAUCUACAUGUACGAUUACAGUUCCUUCGCUCUUUAAAGCAGGUUUCUCUAGCAGCAAAGAAACAGUUACACAUCCAGGUAGGCCUUUUCACACCAGUGACAUUGCUUGCUGUCAGCAUGGCUUCAGAAACUCAAGAAACUACACCAGCAGCCAGCAGUGAAAUUUUAAACUUCAAAGAAAUUUUUGAAAAAGCUGACCAACUUCACACAGCUUAUGAAACUUGUAAAUUAUAUGAUCUUUUGAAACCAUAUCAGAAUUGCGAAGAUGAUCAGUUGCUGUGGCGUCUAUCUCGGGCGGCAUAUGACAAAGCAAAGAGAGAACACAACAAAGAUGCACGGAAAACAUUCAUGUAUGAGUCUUUUGGUUAUGCUAAAAGAGCUCUUGCUCUAAAUGACAAGAACUAUGCAUGUCACAAGUGGUAUGCGAUUCUUCUCGAUGAAAUUGGUCAAUAUGAAGGUUUGAAAAUUCGAAUUUCAAAUGCUUAUUUAAUAAAAGAACAUCUAUUGAAAGCUGUUGAAUUUAAUCCAAAUGAUGCAACUUGUUGGCAUUCGUUAGGUUACUGGUGUUUCAUGUUUGCUGAUAUGCCAUGGUAUCAACAAAAGGUUGCUAGUGCACUGUUUGCUACUCCACCUACAUCAACCUAUGAAGAGGCCAAGAAGUAUUUUCUAAAAGCAGAAGAAAUUGAUCCUAAUUUUUACAGUAUGAAUUUAGCUAUGCUUGGCAAAACACUGGUGCGCCUAAAUGAAAAUGAUGACGCUCGUAAAUAUCUUAAUAAAGUUUCAAGCUAUGCAAUACGAACUGUUGAUGACAAAAAGGCUCAUGAGGAGGCUGCGUCGUUAUUAAAGAAAAUCGGAAAAUAAUUAGACACAUUUGUUUUUGACAUAAAAUCAUCACAUCAAAUUUGAACAAAAGACUAUUGAAGUUUUUUUUUUUUCCUUCAUUCAUUAUCAUACAAAAUUCGAUACACUAGACUUCUAAUUUCUUAAUAUUAUUGAUUAUUUUCGCCAACUUAAUGUCAAUUGAAUAGUUAAAUUUACAUAUAUUUUACAUACAUAUCGAUGCCAAAUUGAUACUGAGGAAACAAUAAAGUUUUUUGGGAUUUUAUUAAUAUUUUGAUGCCAACCUGGUGUUGAGCAGACUACGUUUUUGCCCACGAAAAUUUGUUCCUACAUUAAACCGAAAUAAAAUAAAACUGUUUAUUGGUUUUAAUAUUGUCAAUAUUAAAAAAAAAAAAAAAAAAAAAAAAAAAAAAAAAAAGACAAAACAAAAACGAUUAAAGUAUUGCUGAGUUAGCAACUACUGAUAAUUUUCAUAUAUUACUGAAAUUUGAAUUUCAUAAUUUAUAUGAAUAAAUUAUUUACUCAACAAUGUAGUUUAACUGCAGAGUAUUUCAGGUUACACUGAUUUAUUUUUGUGGGUGUCUUUUUUAAUUAAAUAUGGAAAUAUAUCUGGUAGAAUCAUCUAUAAGAUAGGUCCAAGUGUGGCUAUGUGGUUAAGAAGCCGGCUUUGCGACCACCUGGCUUUGGAUACAAUCCCAUUGCGUGGCACCUUGGAAAAAUGUCUUCUACUAUAGCCCUGGGCUGACUAAUGCUUGGUGAGUGAAUUUGGAUGUUUGAAACUGUGUGAAAGCCUGUCAUAUUUAUGAGUGUGUGUCUUUGUUUGUUCCCCAACACUACUUAAUAAAGUGUUGGUUUGUUUAUGUCCCUGUAACUUAGCAGUUUGGCAAAAGAGACAGAAUAUGUACUGCAAUUGAUUUCAUCGAUUAAAACCUUCAAGAAGCGUCCAUGCAGUCCAAUGACUAAAACAAAAGAUACAAGAAAGAUCAGUUAUAUUAAGUGCACUUCUAUAUAUAUCCUGAUACAGACAAUACUGAAAUAAGUAGAGGCAUGGUGGUAUGCCUAAGGAAUUCAUUUUGUUAAAAUGGUUCUAGGUGUAACUAUUCAACAUUCAGAUUACUCUGUCAAAUGUUAUGCUUAUUCAUUCACAUUGUUUUGAAUUAAUCAUGCAUUAUCUUGUAGCUUUGAGAUUUCUGUGUGAUAGUUUUACUUUUAGAGUGACAUUGUAGGGUGGGUAUGAGAGGCUGGAUCUGGUCUGUUUCAACAUAAAACAAGUAGAAUAUUUCUGCUGGAUAUGACUAGUUUAAAUGCUAAAGCAGUGGUUCCCAAGGUGGGCAGUGGAAAGAUCCAGGAGGGCAUUGAAAAAAAUGGGGUGAUAAUGAGGUAGCCAAAAGGGGUCAAUGGAUGUAAAAAAAACCCCACCAAAAUAAUGGGUUGAUUUGGCUAAACUUUAUUUGCGAAAUAGUUAUUUUGAAUUUGCUGCAGAAAGUGGUCUAUGUCUGUGGUGGUGAGUGGGGGAGAGGGGUGCUAGGAAUGUAGCCUGGGUGCCAAGUGGGUGACAGCUUGGAGUCAAUAUUAAAUUGACCUCAGUAUUUAACUGGUAUUUUAUUGACUCCAGAAGGAUAAUCCUAGUAAUGAGCUUGUAGUAUACAGCGCUCAGGUGCACUACAACUUGCCACAAAAGGUUAAGAUAGGAGAGAGAAAGCAUACAGUCAAGUAAAGAAAGACAACAAUGCAUAGUACACAGAAUAAAACAUGAAAAGAGAGAAAAGUGAACAUUAAAAGAGUCAUAAAGAGGAAAGUGUGUAUAGGCACAUCAAGAGGGAUGUUGGUGAAUUUUGAGAAACUUGGAAUUUUUUGAAGGAUACAGUGCUUUGACAGGUGAUAACUGAUGUGAGUGGUUUAUUCUAUACUUCAACAAUUUUGAGCAUGAAAAAAGCAUUCCCAAAUGUCAUUGACACUGUGCGUGUUUUUGAUUUUUAUAAGUAUGUUUAUUAGUGGUAGAGAUAUUGAAUUCAAAGAGUGGCAAAAGUUGUAAAGGUGGUGAAUGAAGGGCCAAGCUAAAUUUUUCGUGGAAUUUGAACUCAGAAUGUAAAUACAGUAAAAUAUUUGGUAUGAUGCUCUAUCAGCUCUGCCAAUCCACCAUCUACAUUAUAAAAUAUUGAAAGCAGAUGCUGUUUUACUUUUUAAAUUAUUAUUUCACUAAUUUUGUUAGAUUUUCAAAAGUAUUUCAGUUGUGGAGGUAACAUGCUGCACGUCUGCUUUACUGAUUAGUAAAGCAGGAGUUCAAAUUCAGCUCCUUCUUUUGAGUACAGCUAUUACAAUGAAAAUAUGACACAUAAUCUGUUUGUUUUCAAAACGGUUACAGAUUUUUAUUGGUGCACUGCAUUUAUGAAGGCAGGUGAGACAAGAGAGUAUCUAUGCAUUUUUUCCUGAACGGAUACCAACAUGGAUUUCAGUUCAUAAGCUUAUUAAUUUAUAUGAUGCUGUUUAUAUCUUUUGCUGAUGAAAGCUCUAUAUAUAUAUAUAUAUAUAUAUAUACACACACACACACAUACAAAUUAGUGUCUUUUACUGUAGCCUCGGUUGAUCAGUAGCUUGUGAUUAGAUGUUUGCACAGAUGUAUGGAACAGAUAUAUGCACACACAUGCACAUUUCAUUAUCAAAUUCCCCUCAUAAAAUAUUUUUUGCACAAGGCUAUGGGUGGAAAACAUUUGCCCAAGGUGCUAUGCAAGAGUAUCAAAUCUGUAAUCAAGUGAUUAUGUAACAAAUUUCUUAAGUGCACAACCAUACCUGAUAUUUAGACUUUGAUUCGAUAAUAAUGUAUUAACUCAUUAUAAUAGAACUGACAUUUAUGAAUGACUUUGCUGUUGAUGUCUGUAUACCAAAUACUUGAAAAUAAUUGGUGAUGAGAAUCUGUUACUAUUUUACUAUUGUUGAUUUGAAUUCAUAAAUGUAUCAUUGCUUU